AUGAUAUUUUCUAAUUAUAUAGCCAUGGCUGGAGAAGCUGAUGGGAAGACCUACCAGGUAUCAAGGAUGCCCCCUGCUGCUCUCAACGAGCGCAUCCUUUCUUCCAUGUCUCAAAAGCACGUUGCUGCUCACCCAUGGCAUGACCUGGAGAUAGGUCCAGGGGCCCCUGCAGUUUUCAACUGUGUGGUUGAGAUUCCUAGAGGCAGCAAGGUUAAGUAUGAGUUGGACAAAGCAACUGGUCUUAUCAAGGUUGAUCGUGUUCUGUACUCCUCAGUUGUGUACCCACACAACUAUGGCUUCAUUCCACGCACACUCUGUGAGGAUAAUGACCCGAUGGAUGUCCUUGUCCUGAUGCAGGAACAAGUUGUUCCUGGUUGCUUCCUGCGUGCCCGUGCUAUUGGGCUUAUGCCUAUGAUUGAUCAGGGUGAGAAAGAUGACAAGAUCAUAGCUGUCUGUGCUGAUGAUCCUGAGUACCGUCACUUCAGAGACAUCAGUGAACUUCCCCCGCAUCGCCUACAGGAAAUCCGUCGCUUCUUUGAAGACUACAAGAAGAAUGAAAACAAGGAGGUUGCAGUGAAUGAUUUCCUCCCAGCAGAAGAUGCCAUCAACGCAAUCAAGUACUCGAUGGACCUCUACGGUUCGUACAUCAUGGAGGGCUUAAGGAAGUGA